AUGGACUUUCUUGUGAAGAAGAUUGAAGGUACAUUUACAGCUAAAUCAUGAAUCUGAUAGCUGAGUGGGAUGUUUUGUUUAUGAAAACAUUUAUGGGUACAGUGAACUCUUGCUGAUAAAAUCAAAUUACUAUCUGAGCUAAUGUUAGCUUGCUAUUUAUCUGGCACUGAAUACACAUGCACCAUGCUCUCAAUUGCAGCAAUACUCUCCAAUCUCUCAAUAUAAGGUUUUAAAUAAUAUGUCUCUCUUUAUUGUUUGUUUUGAUAUGUAGCCUUACUUAUUUAAAUGUAUUACAUUCACUUAAUCUUUACACUUUUCUUUUUUUUUUAUCAUCGCCACUGAGUGUUUCAGUAAUAUCUUUGCAUCCUUCUCUGUCUGACUAGAGUUCGAUAUCUCCAGGUAUCAUAUGAGGGGACUCUAUAGGAAACUUGACUCUCCAAAGAAUGAUCCCUCAGAUGACUUUGCUGAUAACACUAGGGCUGCAGAGAGAGGUAAAUUAUAUUGGCAUUGUUACCCACAACAGAUGUAGCCUACAUAUUGUAGCUACUGUAAUUAUUGUGCUAGAUAAAUUACCUCUGGAAAAAUAAUGCUUGUUCUGAUAUUCAAUAUUACUCUCAUUUUAGCUGGUUUAUCAAAAAUGUUCAUCACAGUGAAAUGUUCAGUCAGAGUUCCCUUCGUGACAUCACUGUUCUGGCCUGUGACGAUACAUGAUGGUUACUCAGAGAACAGAGAACCACAAGGGUGUUAUCUGCUCAAAGUAGCUGUUGAAACACUAGGUAUGAGGGCCUAAAUGGUCAUAAGUAUGGACGCUCUGAGAAGGACUAAGGAAAAAAAGACAAAUAUUGUAGAAGAAUCAUCCGGUAUGUUAACUCUUUAUGCCACUAGUUAUGUGACAUGAUGAAAUGUCAACAUAUAAAAGUGUUUAUCAGAUGAUAGGAUGACCUUGAUGACAUUUCUAAAGGGAAGCUGGUGAUUAAGCAGAAUCAAUCUUGGUAAAAGUACAGAUAGACUGAAAGGAUUUAUCCAGUAGAUGCUGUUGGCUUGAUGAAGGUCAUACCUUAGUGCAUCAAACCCAUUUCCCACCUCUAGCUGUGGAACAAAGUAGUGACAUUUUCCACUCACUUCCACCCCUCAAAACACUCAAUCUAUUUCCAUUUAGACUGACUUUUAGUGGCCAUGCAGUCAUGUUUUUUCUUUUAACUGAGUACAUUUUAGACCCAUAAUGAAACCUUGGAAUUGAAAACUGCCUGCUGUCUGUACAGGUUGUGAUAGUCUCACAGACUGCCUGAAGGUGCAGUCAAAGACCAUAGAGACAACCCCCUCCAGACUUAACCCCAGCAUCUCAGACCUCCUGUCCAGGCUGGGCACCACCAGCCCGGGCCACGACCAGCACCCCGCCAGCAGACCCUCUGACCCCCACCUCCACUACGACGCCAUGGUCCACAGCUACUCCCUCAACCCAGCCACUCCAACCCCGGUAGGGUCCAACAGUUCAACCGGCGCCAACCCUCACCCUCGGCCGCCGCAGACCAUGUACUGCCACCACACCUCCGACUCCCAGAGGUCACUGUGCAGCAAGGUGGAUCCUCUCUUCAUCCGCAAGGUCACGGCUGCAGAACUAGUCUGCGGGGAGAGGAAGUACAAGUGCUCAGGCUGCCUGAGGUACUACGACCAUCUGGGGACCCUGCUGGGUCACAUUGACCGGGGCUGGAGGGAGGGCUUCAGCUGCAAGGUGUUCUACAGGAAACUGAAGAGCAUGCAGGACCACAUGGUCAUGAUGAGUUGCCAGAGCAGGGAGUCCCUGGCCAUGGAUAACGACCUUAAACUCUCCAGCUCCUCCACCACAUGCCUGGGGUCGGCCUCGCUGGCCCUGGCACUCCAGCCCACCGACAGCGACAUGAGGAAGGGAUCUGAGACAAGGGAUAAGAAGGCAGACAUGAUCCAAAAGUGGCUGCAGAAGACAGAAGUGACAGCAUCACUUCACUGA